GGGAACAAGUCCAGGAAGCUGCGUCCACCGAUAAGACAGAAUACAUAUGUAGUUUAAAAAAACAUUUUUUAGACUUCUCUUUUAGAAUUUAGUUUAGAGUAGGGCACACAGCUCCGGUUUGCCGUGUGAAUAUCUAGACCCACACGGACUUUGCUGUAUGGUGUGUGGCCGAACACACCCUAACUCCUGGAUAUGGCAGGUCUCUGUGGUCUCAAGAUCCUGCUGCUCUGGGCUGGGAUCAUCAGUUUGGCCAACUGUCAAGUAACAACUGGACCAAACGAUAUUUCAACCUCACCUGCACGCACCCCAAACUCCACUUUUACUUCAGUAAACACCUUACCUGUCACCACCUCACCUCCACGCACCAUGACAGCAUCUACUGUCAUGGCUAAAGGCACCUCAACAACUGCCCUCACACCUCCACCCACCUCUCCAGCUCUCACCUCAAACUCUUCAAUUCAAGCACCUCAAUUAACCAACAUGUCUGCCACUACUGCUCCUCCUGCAAGCACCUCACCCUCACCCACAGCUAAAAACAGCACUCAAACCCAGACUUCUCCUCCAAUCACCACAUCCAACACCACCGAAGGCCCACAAGCCCCUCCACCUCCACAGUGUUCUUACACUGUCACACCGAUCAAGUUUGGCUUCCAGAUUGAGAUGAAGAAGAAUUCAACCCCUGGCAACUACACCAUAAACAUCAGUGAAGUAGGACAACAAGGAGCUCGAACAACCUCCAUUGUUCAGUUGAACAAAAAGUUAACACAUGAAAUCAAACACCUGAAGCCCUGUACUAAAUAUGAGCAUGCCGUGAAAUUGAUUGAUGGUGCUGGCGCAUCCUGUAACAGCAUUGACAAUAAAACUACAACAACUGUAAUGGAGAAAGGUGACAUUACUGAUGGCAGCUGUAUGCCUGGAUACGUUUGUUACCGCAGUGACUGGGACAUCAGGUCUUCUCUGUCAAAGCCAAAUAAUCUCUCACCGUGCAACAGUGACAAAACACAGUUCUGUAUCAAACCUGGUCACAAUGACACCUGCACAGAUUUGACUACAACCUUCACCUCAGGACACUGUAAUAAUUCCUUCAGCCUCACCAAAGAGAUCCCUGUUGAUUUCUUAAAUGCAAGUGAAAUACGUCAGAGUCGUCCGGAAGGAAUUCCUGCAAAAAUAGAAGCAACAUUUCCUCCAAACUGCAACAAUCUGACCGCUGAUUACACCUGUCAGGAAAAAGGCACAUUCAAUGACACCAAGCCAGAGUCUGAGCUGGAGCCCUUCACAGAGUACUCCUGUACUGGUCAGAUCAAGAACAACAAUGUCUCCAUCAAUAAGAACACCAAGGAUAUCAAAUUCACGAUAGACUGUGAUAUUACAAUAACUGUCGGACAUAAGGGUGCCACCAGUGACUCCAUUAAUCUGAUGUGGACCACGACCAGUCAGAACUGUAAACACCUUCCAAGUGACCCGAAGCUUUCUUAUGUCUGCAGUUGUGUCCCCACCUCCAAAUCCAAACCCAUCACUCAUGGUGCAGUUAACAAUCCAUCAGGAGGAACAUGUGACGUUACGGGACUGGAACCAUUUAAAGACCACACCUGUAAAGUCCAACCCAAAUACAACGACAGGAUCGUGCCCAAACCAAAGGAAGUUGAACAGAAGACUGCGCCUGGAGUACCAGACGAUAUUUCUUCUGUGUCUGUGAUGAUUCCAGAGCACAAUGUCGUUAAAGUUACCUGCACUUAUCCAAAACGUUUUAAUGGACCUGAGAAGUUAUAUGUUGCAAAACUUUUUUAUGAUCGUGUUUUGCAAAAGGAACUGACAAACCCAAAAUGCGUUUUUGAAUUCAAAGAUCUAAGUUACUCAACAGAAUAUGUCGUGGAGGUGACUGCUUAUAAUGGACAUCAUUUCAGCAAAAAUCCAAAGAAAGAAACCACUUCCACUUCCUAUAAUGACAAAGCUGUCAUUGGGUUCCUGGUCUUCCUCAUCAUCCUCACGUCUGUGGCUCUGCUUUUGGUCGUCUACAAGAUUUACAUUCUGAAGCGUAGAAAGUCCCAUGACCUGGGUGAAGGCAUGAUGCUUAUUCCACCAGCAAAUGACGAGGAGAACCUGCUGCCUGUCGAGCCAAUAGCAGCAGAAGUCCUGCUGGAAGCCUACAAGAGGAAGCUUGCUGAUGAGGGAAGACUUUUCCUGCAUGAGUUCCAGAGCGUCCCCAGAAUCUUCUCCAGGUACUCUGUGAAAGACGCCAAAAAGACCUGCAAUGCCCCAAAAAACCGAUACGUUGACAUCCUGCCAUAUGAUUAUAACCGUGUGCUGCUGACCACUGGAAAUGGAGAGCCAGGGUGUGACUACAUCAAUGCCAGCUUUAUUGAUGGGUACAAAGAAUCCAAAAAGUACAUUGCAGCUCAAGGGCCGAAGGAUGAGACUGUGAGUGACUUCUGGAGGAUGGUAUGGGAGCAGCAGUCCUCUAUCAUUGUGAUGGUAACACGCUGCGAAGAGGGAAACAGGAUCAAGUGUGCGCAGUACUGGCCGACUCCAGAGAGGGAGACCGAGAUCUUUGAGGAGUUCAUCGUGAAGCUGAACUCAGAGAACCGCUGUCCGGAUUACACCAUCCGCCACCUCAGCCUUACUAAUAAGAGAGAGAAGAACUCAGAGAGAGAGGUGACUCACAUCCAGUUCAUGAGCUGGCCGGACCACGGCGUCCCCGGUGAGCCACAUCUCCUGCUGAAGCUGAGGCGGCGUGUCAAUGCCUUCAAAAACUUCUUCAGCGGCCCCAUCGUCGUUCACUGCAGCGCGGGAGUCGGCAGAACAGGCACCUACAUCGGCAUCGAUGCCAUGAUGGAGGGUCUGGAGGCAGAGGGCAGAGUGGACAUCUACGGUUACGUAGUCAGACUUCGCAGACAGAGAUGUCUAAUGGUUCAAGUAGAGGCCCAGUACAUCCUGAUUCACCAGGCACUGCUGGAGCACAAUCAGUUCGGAGAGACUGAGAUCACUGUGUCUGAGCUGCACAGCACACUGAGCACGCUCAAACAGAAAAACUCAUCAGAACCAAGCUUAAUGGAGGACGAGUUUGAGAGACUCCCUGUCUUUAAAAACUGGAGGACGUUCAACUCAGGGAUCACAGAAGAGAACAAGAAGAAGAAUCGCUCUUCAGCUGUCAUCCCUUAUGACUACAACCGAGUGUUGCUGAAGCUAGAUGAAGGACACAGCCGUGAGAGCGACCCCGAUGAGGAAGAAGAGGAAGAAUCAUCAGAUGAGGAGGAUGAGGAGUCCACUAAAUACAUCAACGCCUCCCACAUAGAUGGAUACUGGGGCCCACGUAACUUCAUCGCAGCACAGACUCCGCUGCCAGACACCAUGGCUGACUUCUGGUCCAUGGUUUACCAGAAGAAAGUAUCUACUAUUGUCAUGCUCUCAGACUGCAGCGAGGGAGAUACGUCCGACUGUGUCUACUGGGAUAAAGACAAGAAAACAUUUGGGGAAUUUGAGGUGGAAGUGGCAAGCAAGGACACUUCCCCAACUUUCAUCCUCCGCAACAUGCUGAUCCGUCAUGUCAAGAGGAAAGAGAGUCGGCCGGUGAAACACUUCCAGUUCCUGAAGUGGACGAGCGGUGAGCUGCCGGAGAAACCUCAAGAUCUCCCGGAAAUGAUCAAAGAAAUCAAGCACAACAGUGACAGCAGCAGACAGAGGAACAUGCCCGUCCUGAUCCACUGCAAUGAUGGCUCGUCCCGUUCAGGGAUUUUCUGUGCCCUGUGGAACCUGCUGGACAGCGCUGAGACUGAGAAGCUGGUGGAUGUUUUCCAGGUGACCAAAACCCUUCGCAAGGAGAGACAAGGCAUGCUCUCCAGCCUGGAGCAGUAUCAGUUCGUGUAUGAUUCCCUGGAGGGUGUCUUCCCUGUCCAGAACGGGGAAGUGAAACCAGUACAGGCGUCUGCAGCCGACUCUGUUCAGGUCAUCAAUGAAACCAAAGCAGCAGAGCAGCCAACAGAGGAGAAGGCUGAGCAGCCAGCCAGCACUACCAGCAACAACCAGCAGGGGGCUGCAGAGAGCUCUCCUGUUGAGGCUGAUGGAGAGAAGGAAGACAAAAAAGAGGCUGAAGCUUCCAGUGUCCCCGCAGAGACACCACCACCAGAGGGCACCACUGCAGAGGUCUGAGAGGCCUUUCACUCAGGAGAAUAACCGCUUUGGCUCAAUGCUUUCUUUUAAUUACUUUAUGAAUGUAUAAACAUUGUAAACUUUAACACAGUGCUGUUUUUGAUUGAGAUUUGUUUCAUAAUUUGGUCAAAUAUUAUAAUGUUUAUUUGCAAAAAUAUGAUUAAAACUAAGUUAUAAAUAUUUUAGUAUGAAAAGUGUACGGAUGCAAAUACUUUCUAACCUGCAGAGUUUACCAGGAAUGCUGUCAUCAAACUAAGGCUUGGUGAAAGACAUCUAAGAACUAAAUUUUAAAUAUACCCUUUAUAAGUUGUGUUAUUUCUGUUUUAUAUUCCUCUAUAAUGGCAUGUUGAGUCUAGGUAAGUUUCUGUAUUUUUUCUCCCGAAAUAUAGGGAUGUUAUCGUCAACAUUUAUAUUAAUAUGUGGCCUAUCUGAAUAAUGUAGUCACAAAGUUCACAAUGUUAUAUGAUACUGUCAUUUCAUUAAAAGAGACUUACAAAGAGA